AUGGUCUGAUGGGAAGAGAGCUGGACUCUACCAAAGGCCAUUUAUGCAGCUUAAAUCAACCUAGCCAGUAGUCACACUGCUUGGAGGAAAAUGUAUUGUGCAAGAAGAAAGCGACUGCAGCUCAGUCGGGUCCUGUUUUUCCUCUCUGGGGUUUUCCUCUGUACCCUCUACCAGCUGACCAUCAGCGCCAGACUGUAUGAGCCUUUGCCAAUGCCUCAGAUUGGAGAGGAUUUUGGAGAAGGUUCAACAGAGGGGGUUGAGGAGGCUACAAUAGAGCCUGGAGGCCUGGAGGAACCUCUAACUGCAACGGGUGAAUUAGAGCCUACAGAUCAAACAACAGCAGAGAUACAUGUGGUACAUCAGACAGACGCAACUUCAGAUUUCGAAGCUUCCACCACCACAGAAUCUCCUUUAUUACCAAUCACGAAUCGGACUAUUGUGCACUGCAUCUAUGUGGCCCCUGAACCUCCACCGGAGACACCCACAGCGGCUCCGACUCCUCCUGUAACCACCAUAACUCCAGCGACCCCUGGUGAAGCUCCACAUGUAAAGGGUGAAUACCCUGAAGAUCUAUUUUCUGUUGAAGACCGCAGACGAGGCUGGGUGAUGCUCCACAUUUUUGGGAUGGUGUACAUGUUUGUGUCACUUGCGAUUGUUUGCGAUGAGUUCUUUGUUCCUGCACUGGGGGUAAUCAUAGACAAGUUAGCCAUCUCGGAUGAUGUGGCAGGAGCCACCUUCAUGGCUGCUGGAGGUUCUGCUCCUGAACUUUUUACCUCCUUGAUAGGAGUCUUCAUCGCCCACAGCAAUGUGGGUAUCGGCACGAUUGUCGGUUCAGCAGUUUUCAACAUUUUGUUUGUGAUUGGAAUGUGCGCCUUGUUUUCUCGGGAGGUUCUUCAUCUAACCUGGUGGCCACUUUUCAGAGAUGUGUCAUUCUACAUAUUUGGCCUCAUCCUACUAAUUAUCUUCUUCUUGGAUAAUGUGAUAAUGUGGUGGGAGAGCAUGAUGCUGGUGGGCGGUUACACUCUCUAUGUCAUUUUCAUGAAGUUCAAUGUGCAACUGGAGCAAGCAUUCAAGACCCAGCUCCACAAACACAAGAGCAUUGUUAAAAUUAUUGCUGUGGAGGAACCUGAUAAGACAAAUGGGGACUGUGAAGAUAAUGCACCUCCUCCUCAAGAGGACAAGAAUCGUUUAAAGUUGAAGCCUUCCCUUCAGCGAGGGGGGAGUUCAGCUUCGCUACACAACAGCACCAUGAGGAACACCAUCUUCCAACUCAUGAUUCACACAUUAGACCCCAUAGGACAGGGGAAAUUUAAGGAUAAGGCUGAGACUCUGAAUAAUGUGGCUAGACGGAAGGCAGAGAGCAAACCUCAAGACAAAAGCGAAGAUGGUGAGGAGAAAACUGAGAAGACUAAAGAGCCUGAGGCUGCCCCAGCUGCAGAAACAGAGAAGAAGGAGCAGCCAGAGGACGAGAAGGAGGAUGUGCCAGCAAAAGAGGAUGGUUCAGGAGGUUCAGGAGGCUCAGAGGACUCAGGCAGCGGUGAAGACGACAGCGACGAUGACAGUGACGAGUCCAGUGAAGAUGAGGAUGACGAUGAGGAUGAAGAUGACGCAGAGGACGAAGGAGAGGAAAAAGAAGAUGAGCCCCUGUCUUUAGAGUGGCCUGACACGCGACGUAAACAAGCCACCUAUCUCUUCCUGCUGCCUAUAGUCUUCCCUCUGUGGCUCACAGUUCCUGACGUUCGCAACCAGAAAUCCAGAAAAUUCUUUGUGUUUACCUUCCUGGGCUCGAUUCUGUGGAUUGCUGUCUUCUCCUACCUCAUGGUGUGGUGGGCCCAUCAGGUGGGUGAGACGAUCGGCAUCUCAGAGGAGAUUAUGGGCCUGACUAUUCUAGCUGCAGGGACAUCCAUCCCCGACCUCAUUACCAGCGUGAUUGUGGCUCGCAAAGGCCUGGGAGACAUGGCUGUAUCCAGCUCUGUGGGCAGCAACAUCUUCGACAUCACUGUGGGUCUCCCAGUCCCGUGGCUCUUGUACUCAUCCUUCCACGGUUUCGCUCCAGUGGCCGUCAGCAGCAACGGGCUCUUCUGUGCCAUCGUGCUGCUCUUCCUCAUGCUCCUCUUCGUCAUCAUCUCCAUCGCGUCAUGUAAGUGGAGGAUGAAUAAGGUGCUGGGUUCCACCAUGUUCCUCCUCUACUUCAUCUUCCUGGUGCUCAGUGUCAUGCUGGAGGAUCGUAUCAUCGUCUGCCCUGUUUCUAUCUGA